ACUAGUUAGUACGCGUAUCAAAUGCUCGGUGUAAACUAGGCCAGUGAUGGUCAUAUGUUUUUAAUCGAAAGACAUCUAAGUAUAUAAGGAUCUAUGACUAUAUUGGACCAUAAUGUAAAUACAUCAUGUAUUGGACGGACACAAAAUAUUGUAAAUCAUCGAAAUCUACAUAAACGUCAUAAACUCCAUAAAACAUCAUUGAAACCGUGGUAUGUACUAAGAUUCUAUUAAAGAAUCUGAAAUCCAAAGGCGAAGAAGAAGAAACGUCAUAACGCCUUGCUGCCUUAUCAGCAAAUGACUAAAACAACUAAUGACAAUAUCGAAGAUGAUAAAUGUGUUUGACAUUACCUCGAACGCUCCAGACGCUAUAAUUUUCUUCGCUGCAUCUGGCUGCCUUUGUCACACCUCAACAUGUUGCAAACAAUUUCUUUAGAGCCUUUGCAAAGUUUUCUAAGAUUAUCGGAUAAUACUCAGUGAUCUACAUAUGUUGAUUGAUAUUGAUUGAUAAAUCCAGUUACUUGGCAGUCUAUGCGUCAUGGAGAAACAGAGACAGAAGAAGAAACGGGAUAAAUCACGUCAUUCGACCCUGGCACACCGGAUACCGGAUGCUCCUACGCUAGAAGAGUUUGAGUGCCUGCUUGGGGAAUCACCCACGAAUUAUCCAAAAGGUGAAGCUGUAGAAGACAUAGAAAGUGAAUUGCAUUCGGCUGCUAUUGAUACGGAAAUUUAUGAGAAACAAGCUGCCGAGAGAGCAGCCUAUGAGAAAAAAUGUAGUCAGCAAGUUGAAUCACACAAGUUAUUGUUAGCGGAAGAUUCUUAUGAUGAAGUUGACACUGUCCAACCUUGCUUGGUCUCUGAGAACACUUUGGACGAUCAAAUGGAGCAGGUGCAAGAAGACGUUUCCACAAUUCAGCUGAUAGACAUAUCAUCGACUAUCUCAGGGGAACUCAGUCAAACAGUCCAGGAGACCAAGGAUGUAACAAAGGCUCCGUGUCAGAAGAUCUUGUCAAAGCAGACAGAGGUUUUGGAAGUUAAAAAAGAAAUGGCUAAUGUGUUCAAAGAUGUCAGGCCAUUUACGGAACAUCAACUGGCGUCCUUAUAUCACAAUCAGGAGUUGGCCUUAGUAGAUGCCUUUGUGACCGAGUUUACGGAAACACAAUUGAGAUGCGCGCCGCUGAGACAGCAGCACAGGCUGCACGAGCUACUGAUGAGCUAUCUCAGGGUGCGAAAUCACUUGAUUGCAAAUUCCUACGAGUUGGAGCGUUUGAAGAAGAGCUGCCGAGAGACGCAAAAACAACUUUGGUGUUUGGAGAAGACGUCGGAGACGGAGAAUGGCGAGUGCCAAGAUGGCAAUCCCGUCACUGCCACUCACGAAUAUUCGGUCGCACAUUUCAAUCAGCAAGCUCUAGUAGCGCUUUCCAGGACACUGUCCGCCAUUAAAGAUACAUUACACGACAGCCAGGCGUUGUACUGCUAUGAGGCAGAGUCUCUGCGUCUGCAAAUUGAGCACUACGUACAGAGAGUCGCUAGGAGUUUUAACGAGUUUGCUAAUCUUUCGCAAACAGCCUCAGCAAAUCUCUUACCAGAGCAAUUACCAUCUCAGACAGCCCCGCAACUGAUCGAGCUCAGAAUGUGCAUAACUGUCCUAUUCAACUUCCAACGUCGAGUUCUCAAGGAUGGUAAAUUCGUUACGGAUACCAGAGAGUGGUUGUCAAAGCUGGUGGCGGUGCUCUUAAGGGUUGCAACCUGGCAGGAUCAUUUGUUCCUACUGAAUCAUAUACUGCGAUGUCCUGGCGGCGUGAUGAAUUGGGCCAAGUCCUUCGUACAAGUUCCAGUGCCGCCAAAAAUCCUAGGAUUGAGUUCCUCGCCAUUUAAUGACGCGUACCUUGAUCAUAUGAUUGCCACUCUCGCAGUGAUCCUGCUGCCGAUCAAGGAUCGAGAUAAAUUCUUGGAGCAGGUAAAAUUAAAUAUUAAACAUUAACCGUUUUAAGAGAAAUUAAGAGAGUGUCCAGCGAUCUUUGAAUGUCCUUGAAUCCUGGAAUUAUUAUGGAAUUUAAUGUGCCCUGGAAAAUUCCUGGAAAACUCUUGGAAUUUCAGAAUUGACCUUGAAUUUUUG